AACAUUUCCUGUAUGUAUGUAUAGUUGGUGCAACAUCUUUUCAUGUAUUGCUCAAUCCACGUCAAAAAAGUGUAUUUGUUGAUUAUGGUUGUGCCUACUAUUGACUACGAACUAUUAAUGGAAAAAUAAUGUUGAUCAUAGUGGAUUUGAAAUUUAAAUUGUAACCUAUUGGAUCUUUUGUUCGUAUUCAUAUAAUAUAUAUACAUAUAUUUUCGGCAUGAUUACGAUAUCACACUCUACCAUAAUACAACUUUUACUGGCUUGAAACUUAGCUUUGGCUUGUUCCGAAUAACGUUUAAAGACGCCACGCAAUCAGCUUAAUUUCUUUUUACCGUUACAUUGAAUUAUCGAAUAAAAAUGUCUAGCGAAAGCGUAAAAACGUUUGCUAGUCUUGAGACUCCUGGAUAUGUAGGAUUUGCAAAUCUACCUAAUCAAGUACAUAGAAAAUCAGUGAAAAAAGGAUUUGAAUUUACACUUAUGGUGGUUGGAGAAUCUGGUCUAGGAAAAUCUACACUAGUAAAUAGUUUGUUUCUUACUGAUUUAUAUCCGGAACGUGUAAUUCCUGAUGCUAUAGAGAAAACUAAUCAAACUGUGAAACUUGAUGCUUCCACUGUGGAGAUUGAAGAGAGGGGGGUAAAACUUAGGUUGACUGUUGUUGAUACUCCAGGUUAUGGAGAUGCAAUUGAUAAUACAGAUAGUUUUAGAGCCAUAAUACAAUACAUUGAUGAUCAGUUCGAAAGAUUUUUACGUGAUGAAAGUGGUUUAAAUAGAAGGAAUAUAGUAGACAAUAGAAUACACUGUUGUUUUUAUUUCAUUUCACCAUUUGGUCAUGGAUUAAAACCUUUAGAUAUAGAAUUUAUGAAACAGCUUCAUAACAAAGUUAAUAUUGUACCAGUAAUUGCAAAGGCUGAUGUACUUACAAAAAAAGAAGUAUUACGCUUGAAGAAACGUGUUAUGGAAGAAAUUGAAGGCAGUGGAAUAAAGAUUUAUCCCCUGCCAGAUUGUGAUAGCGACGAGGAUGAAGAUUACAAAGAGCAAGUUCGACAGUUAAAAGAAGCAGUUCCAUUUGCCGUAUGCGGAGCAAAUACUUUAUUAGAAGUAAAAGGACGGAAAGUACGUGGACGAUUGUAUCCAUGGGGUGUAGUUGAAGUUGAGAACCCAGACCAUUGUGAUUUUAUAAAGCUAAGAACAAUGUUAAUCACGCAUAUGCAGGAUUUACAAGAAGUAACUCAAGAAGUACAUUAUGAAAAUUAUCGCAGUGAAAGAUUAGCGAAAGGAGCUCCUGUACCACCUCGCAGACAAACCAUUGUUGAAUCUGAAAAAAGUAACUCUGUAUCAGAGAAAGAUCGUAUUUUGCAAGAAAAAGAGGCAGAGUUACGACGCAUGCAAGAACUUCUUGCGGUAAUGCAGGCACAAAUGCAACAGCAACAACCAUAACUACACAUGCCUUGUGCACAAAUGUGCGAGGAAAGUCAUUCUUCGCCAUUACAGGUGCCAAAAAAAUGUAUCAAAUAAUUGAUAUUAUUCGAGAUAAAAAUUUUUAAAACUUAUUUUUGACAAACGUAUUUAUAAGAAAUAAGUUUUUCUAUUCAGUAUUUUUCUUUUUUAUACUAAGUCAUAAACAUAAUUGUUCGUGUUCCAGUAUCUCAACGAAAUCAAAAAGUGACAUAAAAAUGUAUAAGUUUAUGAGUGUGUAAUACAUAAUAUGACUAUAGCUUAAAAAAUGAUUUAUAAUAAUACAACAUAGACAUAUGUGAUAAGUGCCUUGCAUAUUGUUCUUAAUAGAAAAAUUUACAGUUUUCAUUAUUCAAGUACAAGGAUAAUACAUAAUAUACUCCAUUCUGUAAAAUUACAUUGUUAUAAAAGAUUCAUAUUUCUUAAAAUAGCAAAGGCAGUACAAUUGAGAUUUGAUAGUGUUGUAUAAUAGUAAAUGGUGUAAUGUAACAAAACAUGCACAAUUUUUUAGAUAUUGAAAAGAAAAAUUUCAUUCUAAAAUAAGUAAAGAAACAUGACAGGCCAUAGUAUGAAGUUACUGAUGAAAAAUUAUUUAUAUAAUACAUACCAUAAUUCAGUAAAAUUGGUAUUUUAUAUAUUUUACAGAUAAAUCCACAAAGGCAUUUAAGUUUAUGUGUAUAUCGUUUACACAGUAAAGUUUUAAAGUUACUGACAUAAAAUUGUUAGUAAUUAUUUAGCAUAUCUAAUAAUUAACAAAUUUACAUUUUGUGAUAAGCAGUUAAAUAGGAAUAAAUAAUUUCGCACGUGUUUACGUAUUUGCAAUAUGUAAAGUAUUAUCUUUAAUUUUACUUUUACUUAAUAUUGUAUGACACUAGCCAUUUAAUUCAUUUUUUUUAUUAUUCAUCUCAAAGAAAGAUUUAGGAAAUUAAUAUAAUACUCUAUACUGAAAAAAUAAAAAUUUAUAAGAAAAUAUUUAUAUAAUGCAUGUGAGACAAAUAUCAAUAUACUAUGUGCAUUUACUUUAUUUCUUAACUAUUGUACUUAUAUGUAUGCGUUUUUAUACUAAGAACUAUUUUGCGCUUUUGUAUGUAUUGUACAGGUACACUGAGAGUGCAUUUUAUAUCUCUUUUAUACAAAUAUAUUUACUAUAAUUUAUAACAUUAAGUGUUUAAGAUUUAUGCAUAUAAUAGUCUAUUAUUGUUGAAAAUGCUGCAAAGCCUGCUGCUCCAAAUAAGCCUGCCUUUACACCAGCUGAAACAUAAAAUUAUACUUACAAAUAUAUGUAGUAUAAAUAUUA